UAUUUAAAAUAAUUUCUCUAAUUAAAUUCAAUUAAUUAACUAAAUUAAUUUCAAAUUAAAUUUAACCAUGGCGAUGUCGUCGACGUUUUAUCUAUCUGCCGCCUGCACGUCCAACGUAACUGCCCGAUCGAUCAUGGAGGAGUAACUGUCUUCCAUGGAUCAACGGCUACUUCUUCAAUUUAAUCAAAUUUCAAAUUCCCAAUUCCAUUUUUAAACCCACAAACCUCUCGAUUUUUUUUAAAAAAAUUCUACAUUCAAAUUUCUCCCUCUGCUCAAAACUCUGCCGGAGAUCAAAUUUCUUCUGAAUUUCUGAACCAACCAAUUCAAGAACAGACCCAAAUCGGCGAAGAUGAACGAUUUGAUGACGAAAUCGUUCUUAAGUUAUGUGGAAUUGAAGAAACAGGCGCAGAGGGACGCCGCCGGCGACGGCUUCGACAUUGAAUCUGGCGGCCAAGAACUCAAUCCGAUGGAAGAACAGAACCUGUCUCUGUUUUUCGAACAAGUCGAUGAAAUCAAGACCCAAAUGGAAGAGACAACCAAUCUCUUAGUUGACAUUCAAAAACUAAAUCAAGAAGCGAAAUCAACCCACAACGCCAAAAUUCUCCGUGGAUUAAGAGACAGAAUCGACUCCGAUAUGGUCUCAAUCCUCCGCAGAGCAAGAAUCCUCAAAGAAAAAUUGGCCUCUCUCGACCAAUCCAACACCGCCAACCGCCUGAUGUCCGUCGCGUACGGCGAAGGAACCGCGGUGGACCGGACAAGAACUUCAAUCACGAAGGGACUGAGAGUGAAAUUGAGAGAAAUGAUGAACGAAUUUCAGGGGUUGAGAGAAAAAGUUGUGGCAGAUCACAAGGAGGAUCUAAGAAGAAGGUAUUUUGGUGCAAAUGGGGAACAACCCAGUGAAGAACAAGUGGAGAAGAUUAUGUCUGGGAGUUUGAAAUUGGAAACGUUUGAAGGGACAUUGAGGGAGACUGAGUUAGGGGACCGAGUCAGGCACGAGUCAGUGAUGGAUAUUCAGAGAAGUUUGAAUAAGCUUCAUCAGGUGUUUUUGGACAUGGCGAUUUUGGUUGAGAGUGAAGGGGAGAAGAUGGAGGACAUAGAGGAGAAUGUAGCGAAAGCUGGGAAGUUCAUCAAUGGCGGAACUCGAAGCCUUUACUAUGCGAACCAGAUGAAGAGGAAGAACAAGAAAUGGGUGUAUUGGGUUUGGGCUAUCAUUUUUCUUAUAUUGCUUGUUUGCAUUGUUUCAAUGUUGGUUUGUUGAAUUUUUCUAUUUUUUUUAUUUUUUUAGCUUUCCUCAACUCAUAAAUUGAGAAUUUUGUAAUGGAAACCUUUUCUUUUUCUUCUUGUCCAUUCCUAUGUAUCAUUCCUAUCUUUACCUGGAAUUCAACUUUUUGUUGAG